GUUCUAAAACACCCCAAUCCAUUCCCGCUUACCUCUUUAUGGAAAGGGGGGGUGAUUUUUCACAUGUCAGCGGGAAGGAACCGAGAUCCUGGAAACUCUAUCCCACUUCGCUUGUGACAUCAUCGUCGCAAUCAAUGCGGAUGUUUUAUUUCAACAUUUGAUUUCUUUCAGAGACGCGCAAUUUAUUCAUUGAUUCUGCAAUUGACAUUUCUUUACCCGAUAGACCACGCAAUUGCAAUUAAAGAAUAAAGAACUCAAUCAAAAUGGACGAUCCAAAAUCGCAGAUUACAUCUUUAAUCCACGCCCUCUGCUCCGGGGCUCCCUCCGCUCAACAACAAGCUCUAGAAGAGUAUUUUACUCCCGAUGCGUCGUUCUCGCAUCCGCUAUGCUCGGUACCUUCCUUUUCUUCUGUUCGACUGCCAGUGGUUGGAGAGGUGAAUAGUAGAUGGGUAUUGGGGUGUGUGUAUAAAUGGUAUAAGGUGUUGAGUCCAAGGGUUGUGGUGGGGGUAGAUGGAGUUGAAUAUAACUCCGAAGCGCAAACUCUCUUUCUUCAACUCCACCAACAAUUCCAUCUCUUCUUCGUUCCGUUCUUCUAUCCAACAGUAUACCUAACGACAAUCAUUUAUCUCGCCCCCACCAAGGAAUCUUCCGAAAGCAACUCCUCAGCAUCCCAAACCAAAUACCUUAUAAAACACCAAGAAGAUCUCUAUCAAUCCGCAGAACUCGUCAAGUUCUUCUGGCCGGGAGGAACACAGAUUAUUAGCUUUUGGAGAUUGAUUGCGACAUUUUUGUGUAUACUUGGAGCAAUGAUAUUUGCGCCGAUGACGUGGAUGGAGGAGUGGGGUUGGUUUGGCAAUGGGAAAGAUUCGAAGAGGGGCGAGAAGGAGGAUGAAGAGGAACGCGAGACAGGUAGUCGCGAUACUAACGGGGUAAAUAGUUCGAAGAGGGAGAAGAGAAGGAAAACGAUGAAUGGGUCUGGGAGGAAAAAUAGAUAGGGUGAUUUGGUUAGUAUUAAAGUUGUAUAUUUCGGGAAGACAUAAUGGAGUUUUGGGAUACGUUUGGCUGGAUGGGGAUCUAUUACUAAUUGUACCAUAAAAAUCAAUUUGUUGCAUAUCUGAAAAUUAAUAAUUUUGAGCUUGCUCACACACGUUAGCAAAGAGCAAAAAAUUCAAAGAGUUUCUCUAUCGACGUGCGAGGAUAAAUAUCAGAUAUGCAACAAAACUCCCUUCAAUACUAAUAAUAUGAGCAGCUCA